AUGACGGUGAAUUUCCAGAAACACGCUGGGGCGCUACAGUCAGCAUACGAUCGAGUCAUUAAUUCAAAAACGAACGACAAUGGGACGGCUAUAUUCGAUUAUGAAGGCACAUCCAAUGUCAUGAAAGUCGGCGACGAAGGAGACGGUGGUAUUGAAGAAUUCGCUACGAGUUUCAACUCGGGAAGGCUGCAGUACGGCGUAAUCGGUGUUCGUCUGUCAAAGAACGCUUUGACCAAGGUUGUUCUUGUGCACUGGCAGGGAGAAGGAGUACCGGCUGCCCGAGUCGCAUCGGCGACGUCUCACAUCGAUGCUGUCCGGCGGUUCUUAAAAAUGGUGCAUAUUACGAUCUACGCACGGAGCGAAAUGGACAUCGAACCGGACGUGAUUCGUAGAGAAGUCGCCAAAUUACCUGCCACCGCCUCAUCACCAGGUGUAAGUGAAUCCUCUGCGUACAGGUUUAUGAGUAGCGCUCACGCUUAG